AUGGACGUGGCCAGCCUCCACAAUAUCCUACUGCACACGUUCAGCAACGACGAGGUGGCGCGCAAAGCCGCAGAGGAAGCCGUCGCGGGUCUCCACACCGUGCCUGGCUCCGUGCAGCUGCUCGUUCAGAUCACGGUCGAGGCCAGUGUGACGCGCGAGAUCCGCCAGGCAGCCGCCGUGUCGCUCAAGAACUUGGUACAAAAGUACUGGGAGGGCGCGGAUGGGCCCGGCGGGAAGUGGAUUCAGAUCAUCAAUCCCGCCGACAAGGCACUGGGUCGCCAAAACGCCCUUGAAGCGCUUCUUGUAGCGCAGGACUCGAGUAUUCGCUCGCUCUUGGCCGAAACGGUCGCGCACAUUGCGCGUUUUGACUUCCCGGAGACAUGGCCGACGUUAGUCGAUGACAUUUGCAAAAAUGUUCAGAGCGGUGAGGCCAAUCGCAUCAUUAAUGCACUGCUGGCUCUACGUCGAGUGGUCAAGAACUUUGAGUAUCGAGCUGAUGACCGUCUGGGUCCGCUUUUUAAGCUCGUGGAGGUCGUCUUUCCCAUGCUGCAGAACAUGAUGGUGCAGAUGCAGUCGAACAACUCGAUCGAGGCGGCACAGAUGAUGCACCUCAUUUUGAAGACUUAUUGGUCCUGUAUCAAGACGAGCUUGCCACCGUAUCUGGCUCAGACAGAGCUGGUCGUGGCGUGGAUGGACAUUUUCCGCGUGAUUAUUGCCAAGCCAUUGCCUGAAGCUAGCGAGGGUGGCGAACCUGCUGGACAGCCAAUUGAUGAGGAAGAGCGUGGCAACUGGCCGUGGUGGACACUGAAGAAGUGGGCGCUGCAAAUACUCUGCCGCUUCUAUACACGCUAUGGUAACCCGAAGAAGGCCGAGGAAGAGCACUUGCAAAUGAGCACUGUAUACCGCAACCAGAUUGCUCCAGGCCUCCUGUCAUGCGUGCUUGAGACUCUUGCGUUGCGGAAAAACGGACGUUUUUGUACGGAUCGGGCGGUGCAGCUCGCGCUUGUGUUUAUGCAAGAGGCAGUUGACUCGGCUAUCACGUACAAGCUGAUCAAGCCACACCUCGGUUUCUUGCUGUUCGAGGUUAUCCAUCCGGUGCUGUGUUUGACGCCGAAAGACCUGCAGUUAUGGGCGGAAGACCCGCAUGAGUUUGUGCGCAAGACAAACGACGUGUUCGAAGACUUUUUGGAUCCUGUGUACGCCGCGUCGAACCUGCUGGCUGACUUGUGUACAAAGCGCGGGAAGGAUUGCUUGCCAAACGUGUUGUCGUUUUACAACAACAUCUUGAACACGUACAUUACGGCUCCGGAUGACAAGAAGGAUUACAUCCAAAAGGACGCUGCUCUGCACGCUCUGUUCUCGCUGGACGGUGUGUUGACGAAGUCGAAGGCGCACAAGGACCAGGUCGAAUCAAUGAUUGUUAUGCACAUUCUGCCAGAAUUUGCAAACCCCCACGGCUUCCUUCGUCUGCGUGCUUGCAAGAUCUUCUCCCGCAAGUAUAUUGAAGGGAUCAAGUUCAAGGACGAGCAGACUUUGAUCCGCAUUGUCAAUGGCAUGCUCGAUGCUAUGUUCGACCCAGAGCUGCCUGUUCGUAUUGAGGCCGCCAAGACGAUCCGUUUCGUCGUGAUGUACCCGCACUCGGACACCGUUGUGGAGGUGCUUCGCCCACGUCUACCGCAGAUCCUGGAGCAGUUCUUCAGCCUCAUGGACGAAAUAGGCAAUGACGAGGUUGUCGUGGCUCUCGAGCACAUUAUUGACAGGUUCUCAUCAGAGAUUGGGCCGUUUUCGCUGCAGCUUGUGGCUAAGUUUGUCGAGUUCUUUGGACAGUUUACUGCUGUCGCUGAGGAAGAUGAAGACGCGUCGCUUGCUGCGGUGUCGUGUCUUGACGCGAUCAACACCAUUUUGAUGAGCAUACACAACCACCCGGAACUGUAUGCUCUCAUGGUGCCUACACUUGCACCGGUGAUUCGCAAGAUUCUCACCGACCUCGACUUUGUCGAGUACAUGGAGAGCGGCAUCGAUAUCUUGGGCUCGCUGGCGUUCUACAGCCAGAAGAUCGCACCGCAACUCUGGGAGCUCUUUCCGCUUGUUUUUGUGAGCUUCAACGACUGGGCAUCGGACUACCUGACGAACUUCGUACCGGUUAUUGACAACUUCGUGGGUCGUGACAUCGACGGCUUUCUCUCGGGCUCUGUCGUUGAUCCAGCCACUGGAGCGAACGUGCGUUACCUGGAGCUUGUGUACAACAUGGCCAAGACCGUCUUCGAAAGCGAAAGCGUGCAGGAGGUCGACUUAUGCGCGGCCUGCCGACUGCUGUACUCGCUGCUGCACAACCUCUUUGGCAAGGUGGACGAGUGCAUUCCUCCCAUCACGCACAUGGUGUGCACGAAGCUGGCAGAACCACUUGUGGACUCUACCGCACGCAACUUGCUGGGUGUGUUCAGCAGUCUGCUGCACUACAAUUCAGCGCUCACCCUCGACGCUCUCAAUUCCCUCGGCGCUGCUGACGGCGUGUUGAAGAUCUGGUUGAGUGACCUGUCUCGAUACGACAACUACCUAGACCGCAAGCUGUUCGUGCUGGGUACAAUGUCGAUUCUGCGUGCUCCUGGUGACAAGAUCCCGACUGCUCUGCGCCCUCACAUUAAGCAGCUGAUCCAGGCUGCCAUGAAGGUGCUUGUCGAUGCGAUCCAGAACCCAGCUGCCGGUAUCUUGGAAGAUGGGGAGGAAGCCGAUAGCGACAACGAAAAAGGUGAGAACCUCGAGGGGCUGCUGGAAAACGGUGGCUAUGCCUCGGAUGAAGAUGCCGAGGACGUGGUUGACGACCAGUACUAUGCCAUUCUUCGCCAGUUACGCGAGGAAGCCGAGGGCCAGUUCAGCUAUGAUGACGAGGGUGACGACGACUACAUCAGUCUGCUAGACGAGGUGGACGAGGUGGAGUUCUUCCUGAGCUCGCUUCAGGGAUUCGCCCAAGCUUACGCUCCCGAGUACCAGGCUUUGGGACUUGAGGCGGACGCGACGACGCAACAAGCUCUUGUGCUCUUCCAGGCGGAACAUGCCAAGAGACAAGAGGCCCAGGCAGCGCAGAAAGCUCCGCAGUAA